AUGGCUGAACCUCCUCUGUCUACAGAAUCGAAACUUGACACAAGCUCGACAACACCAGCUCCCUUAAGUCAAAAGCCUCCUGACGUGGCCGUUGAAGAUGACUCAGACCCGGAUUUCGACGACCUCGAUGACGUACUCGACCAAUUCUCCGCUGCAACAGCGUCGCAACCUAAAUCUCAAACACAACCUCCUCCUUCAUCAUCGGGCCCAGGUAGACCGACGAGCGAUGACGCUCCGGCCCUACCACCCGACAUCCCUAUCCCACAAGGGCCAGGCUCAUCCCAAACCGAAGAAGAAAUCAUGCGGCGCCUGACCGCCGAGAUGUCAAAAGUAAUGUCUCAGAUGUCACUGGACCCAGCCGCCUCAGCGGCGACUUCCGAAGACGUCACGAAGAUGGGCAGGGAAGUAGAAGAAUUCACACAGAAGAUGGAAGCGGAAGGCGUAAAGCCGGAGGAUCUACUCAAGGCGAUUUUAGGGGAAGAUGCGGGUGCUCAUGUCGGCGCUGUCGCGAACCAAGAACGAGAACGUCGCGAGAGCCCGUCCCAGUCACCAUCGAAAUCGUGGAGUUCCGAGAAAUCCAGGCAACAAGAAAAAUCUCCGUCGGCGUCCUCAUCAAAACAAAAACCCUCCACGUCAUCAUUUGAAGACACGAUCCGCAAGACAAUGGCGCGGAUGGAAUCGUCUUCGGCCGCCGCAAGCAAUGCCACCGCCCAAUCGACAGCGAAAUCGGAAGAAGAUCUGCUCGCAGAGAUGCUGCGGGCGCUAGAGUCCGAGUCUGCUGACGGCAGCGGCGGCGACGGCGAACUGUCCAAGAUGUUCCUCGGCAUGAUGGAACAGCUAACAAACAAGGACAUGCUGUACGAGCCCAUGAAGGAGCUCUCGACAAAGUACCCAGAAUGGCUGGACGAGAAUAAAUCCAAACUGCCACCGGCAGAACACGCACGGUUCACGAGACAGCGCGUCAUUGUCGACGAGAUCGUGGCGCAGUUCGAGCAGCCCUCAUACUCGGAUGAUGAUCCUAAGUGUAGAGAAUUUGUCUGGGAGAAGAUGCAGACCAUGCAGGGUGAGGGCGCGCCGCCAGAGGAGUUGAUUGCAAAUCCGUUCCCGGGCAUGGGCAUGCCGGGCGAGGGGUUGGAAGAGGGCUGUCCUACACAGUGA